GAGCGGGCGGGGCGAGGCGGGGCGGGGCAGGGGGCUCCGGGCGCGCUGGGAACCGCGGGACCCAGACCUGGACGCCGACCGCCCCCGAGGGAAGCGCGGUCCCCGUCUCCGCCCACGGACCUCGGGACAAAACCUCAAUUUAGAAAUAGGUUGCGAACCGCAGGCCAGGAGGUUUGGCCGAACCCCCACCACCAGGGACCCCCGUCGUCCCCGGGACGGCCGGCCGUGGGCGCGAUGAGCCAGGUGCUGGGGAAGCCGCAGCCGGAGGAGGAGGACGACGAGGAGGAGGAUGAGCUGGUGGGGCUAGCGGACUACGGAGACGGGCCCGACUCCUCGGACGCCGAGCCGGACAGCGGGGCGGAGGAGGGAGUUCUGGACUUUAGCGACCCCUUCAGCACGGAGGUAAAGCCGAGGAUCCUGCUCAUGGGCCUAAGAAGGAGUGGCAAGUCAUCCAUCCAGAAAGUCGUCUUUCAUAAAAUGUCUCCCAACGAAACUCUGUUCUUGGAGAGCACGAACAAGAUCUGCCGGGAGGACGUUUCCAACAGCUCCUUUGUUAAUUUUCAGAUUUGGGACUUCCCAGGACAGAUUGACUUUUUCGACCCUACCUUUGACUAUGAGAUGAUCUUCCGAGGAACAGGAGCACUGAUAUUUGUCAUAGACUCCCAGGACGAUUACAUGGAGGCCUUGGCCAGGCUCCACCUCACAGUGACCAGAGCCUACAAAGUCAACACCGACAUCAACUUUGAGGUGUUUAUUCACAAAGUGGAUGGUCUGUCAGAUGACCACAAAAUUGAAACCCAGAGAGACAUUCAUCAGAGGGCAAAUGAUGACCUUGCAGAUGCUGGGCUAGAAAAAAUUCAUCUCAGCUUUUAUCUGACAAGCAUAUAUGACCAUUCAAUAUUUGAAGCUUUUAGCAAAGUGGUUCAGAAACUGAUUCCACAACUUCCCACCCUGGAGAAUUUGCUAAACAUCUUUAUCUCAAAUUCUGGAAUUGAAAAGGCGUUUCUCUUUGAUGUGGUCAGUAAGAUUUACAUUGCAACAGAUAGUACCCCUGUGGAUAUGCAAACGUACGAGCUCUGCUGUGACAUGAUCGAUGUGGUCAUUGAUAUUUCGUGUAUUUAUGGCCUCAAAGAAGAUGGAGCAGGAACCCCCUAUGACAAGGAAUCAACAGCCAUUAUAAAGCUGAAUAAUACAACAGUUCUUUAUUUAAAAGAGGUGACAAAGUUUCUGGCUCUUGUGUGCUUUGUCAGAGAGGAAAGCUUUGAAAGAAAAGGGCUGAUUGACUAUAAUUUUCAUUGCUUCCGGAAGGCCAUCCAUGAAGUUUUUGAGGUGAGAAUGAAAGUGGUGAAAUCGCGAAAGGUUCAGAAUCGGCUGCAGAAGAAAAAAGGAGCCACCCCCAACGGGACGCCUAGGGUGCUGCUGUAGGUGAGGUUUCAGGAACAUCUUUUGAAAUCAGACGUUUCAAUGAAGCUGCUGCUAUGUGUUGCACUAAAGGAAGAGGAGGAAGGAGAUUGGGACGCAAGACAUACGUUUGUUGUAAAAAACUCAAGGAAGAGGAAGGAGGAGAUUGGGACACAAGACAUACGUUUGUUGUAAAAAACUCAAGGAAGAGGAAGGAGGAGAUUGGGACAUAUGACAUGUUUGUGGUAAAAAAAAAAAAAAUCCUGCCACCCUUUCUUUUAAUCUUCUCUUUUUUAAAUAAAGUAAGCACUUUGAAGCAAAAACUUGUAUAUUAACAAUGAAGUGAAAUCUACUGUAACUUCAUUACACAAAUGUAAACUUUUAUGGUCUGUAGUCAGAAAAAAUCCUGUGUGCGUACUGCCAGGAACUGUAUAUAUUUUGCACUUUUUCAUGUUUUCUUUUUCUCAUGAAACUAAACUUUGAUAAAACAACUUUUCUAAGCUUUGUUCUGUCCUUGGUGUCUAGGACAUGCAUACUGAGUCCGUAUCUAUGGGGCAAACGGAAAUUAAUCAAAAAGUGAUGGAUUAGCAAUGACUUUUUUUAAGCAUGGGAAUCUUUGCUACCAAUUGUUGAGAAAAAUCAUUUUUCCAUGGAGGAACAGCAAGCUCCAGGAGCAAUAAGACCUGUCCCCUAUUUAUAACGAAUAUAAAUAGAAGUUUUAUAGAAUAAUAUUAGCACCAAACUUACCUAAACAUUUCUAUAGCUGUGAGAGUACUUCCCUACCUGACAGUUUUUAUAAAACUCUUUACCUCAACAGACAUCUCUAAAAUCAUUUUAUACAGAGGUUAUUUCUUUCUGCUGUGUGAUUGUUGUCCUUUGGGACCAUAUUUCCAAAAUGGUGCCGAUCACUGGAGAGAAAUUGGAAUGUCGCUGAAUUGCAGGGUUUCUGAAGGCUUUUCUGUACCUGCCACCCAGGCUAAAGUAAUAUCAGAAGCUACAUGGUUUCCCAAAUGGAGGUGACUGGCAACUGCAGAUUUAAAAAUAUAUCCUAUACAAUUUUUCACCUCUGGAAUGGGCCUCUUGCCAUGCAAGAAUCCAAAUGUUUAUUUAGGACCAGUUUCUUUUUUUUUUUUUCUUUCACAUUGCUCCACAACCACAGGCAAUAUUUCAGUUCUCUGCCACAGAACUGAAUCCUGGUAGGCACAUUGUCACCUCUGAGUCUGCUCAGCUGUGACAGUGUGCCUCAUGGACUCUGCUUGUCCCCCCUUACAACUGAACUAGGGCUCAGCUCACCAGCAGCAUGCUCUGCAUGGCUAAAAAAGCCGUCCUGAAAACUGCUAAAGGGCAGUAGGCGAGGGUGACCAGAGGAGGCAUAUAGUUAGCUGUGUGUCUGUUUCUAUGAAAUUCUUCCUCUUAUGUUUACUUUAGACCAACAGCAAGUGAAGAGAUUCAAAUCUACCCCCAUCCCAAACCAUUCCAACUAGAUAAUUCUAGGUCUAUCCCAAGGCUCAGUGCCCUAAAGCAUGUUGGCGGGUAUUAGAAAAUAUUCAUAUGCAUAUAUUUUUAGCAGAGCCUCGUAGGAAUAGCAAUGCUGAGCCUAGAAAAAAUGGAUAGUUCCUAAAGCAACUUUUCUGUGAGACUGUCCGUGGCUUCUUUCUAUCCUCUCCUUGUCCAUUCUUCCCAAGUCCUAUUCCUUUGAGGCUGGAAACUGCAAUUUAAGGUGGUAGCUGAUUUAAAGUUUGCGCCCUCCCAAGGAUCUGUGCAUUUUGGAAGGAAAUUUGUAAAAAUCAUGAAGGUGCCCUAACUCCCUUCCUCAUGAUUCCUGCUCAGAAGCACUGUGUAGGAUCCCAGGGCUCCAGGGAAGUCUUUUUCCUACUUUCAAAACCUAUAACCUGUUGGACCUUUGCCAGCAUGGUACCUGGAGGCUAUUCUUACAAAUCUAAUUCUUUAAUAUUUUUUACACAGUGUUUCUUUCUGAAUACGCAAAUACAGAAUCACUUUUCUAAAACAACUUUAUCCUCAAGAUAGAGACAUUUGCCUAACUGGUAAAUCACACAUUACUUAGGUAUAUAUAUUAUUGUAGCUAGGUGGAGCUUCCAUUUUUAAGCUGGGUAUAUGAUGGAUUUUGUUAAAAUGUGCCUUAAAUGCCUACUACUUCAAGAGCAAAUGAUUCUUUGAGGGAAAGGCAAAGUUAAUGCUAUGGCAUCAGACCCAAGUUCAUGGUAGUAAGUGCACUCUUUGAUUAAUGACACUGAUAUAUAGACUACUGCCUCAAAGCCGUCAGCAUGACGAUGACCUCUUAGUUAAAGAAAAUGUAGGAGUUACGUCUAAGCGUUCAAUUUCUGAAGUCUGUGCUAUUGGAAUCACAAAAUCUCUUCAAUUCCUUUUUCACUUGUUUUUGAUAUGGGACUUAGCUUUCUUGUGUGUGAUCACUUUCACAUCUCAAAUCCACUGCUAUAAAUACAUAUAAGUAUACAAAAUAAUGUGUAAAUAUGAAGCUCAAAUACAUGGCUACGGUGACUGCUCUGGAAUAUUUCUGCUCAUUUUCAAAGGUUGAGAACUUGACCUAGAGGUUUUCCGGGCAAUUAGAACUUAUAUGUGGGGGUGAGACUCUGAAUUAUCAUCUUUGUUUAGUUUCAGUAAUAUAGAUUAGCAUAUAUGGCCAGAGUGGCAUAUUUCUUUUUUUUUUUUUCAGAGUGGUGUAUUUCUGAUGGAAUAGACGUUAAAAACUGGUUGAUAGUCACAGACGGUACUAUUUUGUGAAUAUAAUAUAUUUUGGACCCUUAAAUAUAAAAUGAAUAAAAAAACAGCAAUAUUGUUAUGUACGGGUUAUAUGCGAACUCUGUUUAAAAUAUAUUCAAGAAAAACAGCUGAAUUGUCUUGAUUAUUAAAGUAUGGUAUGCAUUCAA